CCCGUGCGUGCGAACAAGACAACAAUACAAUAGAAUAGAAACACUAAAAGAAUAUUCUUCGUAAUUCGUAAUGAAUUUAGGUGUAUAACUAAUGUUGAUAAUUUAAUUUUAUAGAAACUACUGUACAGUGUCAUGUACAGCUAUGCAUAGAUUUUAUAAAUAGCUCAUACAAUAGCUUCUCCACAAGUGAAUGUAGUGUGAUCAUAGUGUGAUCGGUGACAUCAGUUUUGAGGUUAUAAUUAUACAUAUUAGUGUUUAAAAUUGGAUUUUAAAUGGAUUCAGCGCCAGCCCAGGAGGUAACUGAGCUGCUGCGACAAUGGGAGGAGCAGCAUACCUCGCCAAGCUACGAUCCUAUCCCAACUUUGACCAGGAUAGCGGAGAUAAUAGAAGCAGAAACAGAAAAUUUUAUGAAGAAAGAUCCAGACCCGUUUGACGAGAGACACCCAUCUCGCACUGAUCCUGAGUGCGCUCUCGGACAUGCACUCAAAGUUAUGUUCAAGAAAGACAACUUUAUGACUAAGUUGGUGAACGAUUACGUCCGCGACACAUACUACUCGAGACAAAACAUAACAGGGCGGGAUGUGCACAAGCUGAAUGUGUGCGCGUGCCGACUCACGCUUGACCUCAUGCCCGGCCUUGAGAUGAGCGUAGUCUUCCAGGACAACGAGGCUCUGAUCCAGCGGCUGGUGAACUGGGCCACGAAGUCCCCGGAGCCGCUGCAGUGCUACGCGACCGGGCUGCUGGCCGCGGCCAUGGAGGUCCAGGAGAUAGCCACCAACUUCAGAGAUUUAAACGCAAUGCUGGUACCACUAAUGCUACGGAGGCUACACGCACUUAGAAAUAAGGGACAAGAUGAAAAGGUGAAUCAAAGUUCAGUGACCCCGCCGAACCAAACGCGACACUUCGCCCGCUUCGACAAGCGGCGGACGAGCGACGUGAAGAGCAACGGACCCACACCAGAUAAAAAAGAUCGAGAGAAGGUUGAGGGUGGGGGAGGGGGAGACAUGGAAAUUGAUGACACGCCGCCCGUGUCCGACCCCGAGACGCCGGUCAAAAACUAUAACGCGGGCGUGGAGCUGUCGCCGCUGCCGGGGCUGAUGUCGCCGCCGGCGCGGCGCGCGCGGCCCGCGCCGGCGCCGCACGAGACCGAGUCCAACUCCAGCUGGGCCGAGAUGGAGACCUAUGUCAUAGGUAAUAUACAAAUUCACCCGCCUACGGACGCGACCAAACAGAUGCUCAUACUAAGGUACUUGACGCCCAUGGGUGAGUACCAAGAGUUCCUCUCACACGUGUUCGAACAAAACGCCCUGGGUCUAAUCCUGGGCUACCUCAACGUCCGAGAGUCCAGGGACUCGAGGCUCGCGUUCGAAGCGCUCAAGUACUUAGCCGCGUUGUUGUGCCACAAGAAGUUUUCUAUAGAUUUCAUUAAUAUGGGCGGUUUGCAGAAAUUCCUGGACGUGCCUCGUCCGUCAGUGGCGGCGACCGGCGUGUCUAUCUGCCUGUACUACCUGGCGUACUGCGAGGACGCUAUGUGGCGCGUCUGUCUGUUGCCAAGGCGCACGCUCGCCGAUCUAGUCAAAUACGCGCUGUGGCUUCUGGAAUGUUCUCACGAUUCGGGCCGGUGUCACGCGACCAUGUUUUUUGGACUCUCCUUCCAGUUCAGGGUCAUACUUGAGGAGUUCGACAACCAGGACGGUCUUCGCAAACUGUACAACGUGAUAUCAACGUUACCUAUCCUCGGGUCGGGGGACGAAGAGCUGCCGGUCUCGGAGGACGAGACGUGCGCCGCCAGGCAGAUCGUGAGGCACGUGUGUGUUGCGCUUAAAAGGUACCUAGAAGCACACUUGAGGUUACGUGCAGCGCUGGUCGCAAGGCUACAAGGCGAUAACGUACCAGAACCACCGCCUUACAAGGCGUCGGAAUCGUCCCCUGAAGAGAUACAGGAACAAAUAGAACUGCUGCAGAGCGUCGCGUGGUCACCCUGGGCCCCCGUGGACGAGCUGAUGGAGCUGGGUGGAAUGGCGUUGCUGCUUCAGGUCGUUGGGCUCGCUUACGAGUGGAACUUUAACGGCAGGGCAGAAACUGUCAGGUCAGCGUUGGACGUGGUGUCCGUGUGCUGCGUCGCUCCGCGCGUCCAGUUGUUGCUGACGGAGAAGAUCGACGUCCGGGACGCCGACCUGAACACCGGGGUCAAUAUUGUGCUUGGGGCGGCGGACGGGGAAAUCGUUCCAGACCCAGAAGUGCAGAAAGCUGCAUUGAACGUGCUCGUCAACUGCGUGUGCGCACCCGUGCAUAGGGCAGGGUCGUCAACGACCCGGUUCUCUCUUACUGGCUCCAGUAAGAAGAAAACCGUUUUGAAAUCUUACGAGGACAUCAUACAGAAGGUGUGGGAGAGCGUUCGGACUAACAACGGUAUUAUGGUGCUGCUGUCGCUGAUGCUGGUGAAGUCCCCGAUCACGGACGCCGACCGGCUGCGCGGGCUGGCGUGCCGCGCGCUGGCGGGGCUGGCGCGCUGCGUCACCGUGCGCCAGAUCAUCUCCAAGCUGCCGUUGUUCACCACCGGACAGAUACAAGUGUUGAUGCGCGACCCGAUACUGCAAGAGAAGCGGCAAGAACACGUGAUGUUCCAGAAAUACGCUCUGGAGUUGCUCGAGCGGGUGUCGGGCAAGAGUAAACACAUGGGUCCAGAGUUCGAGACAUCUCUCGCUAAUAUACAUAGGGCGAACGUGGUGGCCCAAACGCGUAUAAACUACAACGAGCGACAGUUGCUCCAGCUUGUGGCGAGCCACCUCGCGGCGCGCGGACUCGGCGAGAGCGCGGCCACGCUGCAGCGCGAGGCGGGGCUGCCGCCGCCGGCGCCGCCCACGCCCGCCCCGCCCCCGCCCCCGCCGCCCGUCUACACCCCGCACACGCCCGUUAGGACGCGUGUGUCGGUGUCGAGAGCUAACAGCAUUGGAUCAAUACACCGCGAGAUGGAAGUCAACUCGCAUCACACAGACGACAGCCCUGGACCACAUGUGAUCAAAUUGCGGAAAGUGUCGAACCCAACGCUAGGGGCACUGUCGAGCCCGCUGUCGUCCCUCGCGCCGGCGGAGCGCGGGCGCUCGCUGCAGAAGCAGCCGGCGCCGCCGCCGCCGGCGGAGCCCGCGCCAUCCCGCGUCACCCUGCACUCUAUCGUCACUGAGUACCUCUACAACCAGCAUUCCCUGUGCAAAAACCCGGUCGUCACCUGUCCACAGUUCAAUCUCUUCGAGCCCCACAAGUGCCCGGAGCCGCGCGCGGCGAGCACGAUGAGCGUGUGCGCGCGCGCGUGGCGCCGUGAGCUGGGGCUGGGCGCCGGCCGCCGCGCCGACGCCCGCCUCGUGCACUCGCACUUCGCGCCCGUGCGCACGCUGCGCACCAACGACGACGACGCGUACUUCACGCACACCAUAUUCCAUCCCACGCAACAACAGCUGUUAGCAGCGACCUCUUCCGGCGAGAUCAGGGUGUUUAACCUUUUCUCCGGUGCGGAGGAGAAUUCCUAUCAGGUCCACGAGUCGUACAUCUGUCAUAUGCAGGCGAGUAGAGAUGGCAUGCUAUUGCUGGCGUCGACGCCCACCACGUGGCGGCCGCUGUCUGCGCUAUGGAAUAUGAAGGAGUUCGAACAGUUGUUUCAGUUGGAAAACGAGGAGUACGUGGAAUUCUCAAAGAUGUCAGACGACAGGAUAAUAGGCACCAAGGGCGAGACGGCGACCAUCUUCGACACGCUGACCGGGCGCGAGCUGAUGACGCUGACGCCUGCCAUCAGCAACCAGUACGCCAAGAACAGGGCCACCUUCAACCCCAGCGACGAGCUGGUGCUCUCAGACGGUGUGCUGUGGGACGUGAACACGGGCAAGGAGAUACACAAGUUUGACAAACUGAACCAGACACAUAGCGGGGUAUUCCAUCCGAAUGGACUCGAGGUAAUAUCAAACACAGAAGUGUGGGACCUACGGACUUUCCAUCUACUCAGGACAGUGCCAACGUUAGACAAAUCUGAGGUGGUGUUCAAUCCAUCGUGUUCCGUCCUGUACGCGGUGUGUUCGGACCAAGAUUCAGAAGAGCGAAGUCAAUUCGACACCAGUUUUCGCACCCUCGACGCAUACGACUACUCCAGUAUAGCGACGAUCGAAGUGAAACGCAAUAUAUACUCGCUAGGGGUGUCGCGGUGGGGCGCUCAGAUAGCUUUAGUGGAGAACGUCGGGGACCUCGACCAUGUGCAGGAGUCCUGCGUCAAGGUGUACGACGUCGGCCGCCGCCGCGACCACAACGACGACGCGGAGGAGGACGAUGAAGAAGACCUGGCGGGGGGCUCCGAGAACGACGAGGGUUCCGACUCGGGCUCCAACGACGAUGACGACCUGGCGACGAGUCUCCUGCGCAAUGCGGUGAUGGGUCUCGCGGACGGCAGCUCGGGCUCCGAGCGCGACCUCGACCCGGCGCCCGGCCGGCCGCGGAGACAGGCGGGAGACGGACACAGCAGCGACAGUGACGGUGAUAUAGACAUCGGCGAUCUAAUACAAUUCGAGCUGGACUAGAAUAUACGACUACACAAUAAAAUGUGUUUCAUUCCAUCUCUC